AUGACAGAAGAGGUCAUUGUUAUUGCCAAAUGGGAUUAUAUGGCACAACAGGACCAAGAACUUGAUAUCAAGAAAAAUGAACGCCUAUGGCUACUGGACGACUCUAAAACAUGGUGGAGGGUGCGAAAUGCAUCCAAUAAGACAGGAUAUGUCCCAUCUAAUUAUGUUGAGCGGAAAAAUAGUUUAAAAAAGGGAUCAUUGGUUAAAAACUUGAAGGACACCUUAGGUCUGGGUAAGACAAAGCGAAAGACUAGCACUAGAGAUGCUUCACCAACUCCUAGUACGGAUGCAGAAUAUCCAUCAAACGGUACCAAUGCUGAUCGAAUCUAUGACUUAAACAUUCCAGCAUAUGUAAAAUUUGCCUAUACGGCAGAAAGGGAUGAUGAGCUAUCUCUUGUGAAGGGUGCUAGAGUCAUGGUUAUGGAAAAAUGUAGCGAUGGCUGGUGGCGUGGAACACUCAAUGGACAGGUUGGAUGGUUUCCAUCAAAUUAUGUUGUGGAAGAAGUUGAUGAAGCUACAGCAGAUUCACCUAGUUUUCUCAGUUUGAGGAAAGGUGCAUCAAUAAGCAAUGGACAAAACACUAAAAUUCUCCAUAUUGUUCAGACACUAUACCCAUUUAGUUCGGUAACGGAAGAGGAACUGAACUUUGAAAAAGGAGAAAUAAUGGAAGUAAUUGAGAAGCCUGAGAAUGACCCGGAAUGGUGGAAAUGUAAAAAUUCCAGUGGGCAGAUUGGCCUUGUUCCCAAAAAACUAUGUUAUAAUUCUAAGUGAUGGUCCUUCCAUAAAUAAUUCACAUUUCCAUCAAAUAAGCUACACUGGCCCUGCCUGUACAGGACGUUUUGCUGGAAAACCAUGGUACUAUGGAGGAAUUACAAGGCAUCAGGCAGAAUGUGCCCUAAAUGAAAGAGGAAUGGAGGGAGACUUUGUCAUUCGAGACAGCGAAUCUUCACCCAGUGACUUUUCAAUUUCUCUAAAGGCAUCAGGGAAGAACAAACACUUUAAAAUACAGAUGGUGGACAGUGUCUAUUGUAUUGGGCAAAGGAGAUUUAAGAGCAUGGAUGAACUGGUGGAACAUUACAAGAAAGCACCCAUUUUCACUAGUGAACAUGGAGAAAAGUUGUAUCUGGUUAAAGCAUUACCAUGA